AGAAGCGCUCCCGUUUUUUUUAUGGGUCGUAAGUAAAUUGUAUCGCUAUUUCUUGAUAGUUGAGAUCCUCAAUAUAGUUGAGAGGAAUAAGUAGGUAAUUUGGUGAUUAUUGUUUAUUUUUGAAGAUGAACAAGCACAGGAUGAUGCAUGCAAAUGAUAACUAUGGUGGGGGGAAACCCUCCGCAGCAGGCACUUCUUGCAUUAAUGGUGUCACGCGUGGCGGUAAGCAAGGCUCUGCGUCUCUUUCGGUCCCGGUUGGAAAUACCGCGGCUAAUCGUGGUGGUCCAUCGUCUUACAAACACAACGCUGCUGGGGGAUCUUCUUCCUCUUCCUCCUCGUCAUACCAUGCUCACGCCAACAACAUGUGCUCAGCAGGAGAAAAAUACAGCGGUCAGGGGGUAUCCUCGUUUGCAACCAGAGACCUUCUAACGGGUGCUAUUGAACGUGGUGCCAAACAUAAUCCAACGUAUCCUCAAUCGUCCAACAACAUCAGUGUCAAUUUGAAUAAUACCAGUACGAACUACUACACGACCAGGAAUUCCCAAGAUGAUAGGUUGGCUCGAGGUGCCGCUUUCCCGCUCCAUGCAGUGCACGCGAACGUGACGAGUACGCGACUGCAUCGGCCAAAUCAACAGCAUCUUGGAGAUCAGCUUGAUAAGAAUCGUGAAGCAGCUUCAACAAUUACAUCUAAUAUGAAUAGAAAUUCGAAGCGAAUCAAGGAGGACGUGCAUGAAAUACACAGCCUGAGAAAUGGAAGUACCUCGAUCAAAACGAGCUAUACUAGCUAUCAACAGGAAGAAUACAUUCAUGACAAGCAUAGCGCGAGUAACCAAAGGCCCAACCUGAACAACAUGAACCCCUCCUUCAUGAAUAGUACAGUGGGAGGGUCUCGCUCAAGCAAGAACUUCACAAGAAGUCACUUAUGGCACGUAAAUAUACUAGUCCAUGAUCCUUUCUAGUAUCCGGAUCUUUGCUCAAGCUUAUAUUUUUUUUUAUCCAGGGAAAAAUAUAUUUGAGUCAGAUGUACUCACAGCACGGACUCUCUGAAGGAUGGACUAGGAGAGGUGAAAGUUCUAAAGCUACACCGAGGAGUUCCUCAACAUGACACUGAGUGGAACGUCGAUGACCAUUGCCAAAUAAUAGGGGGUCAUGGCGAAUACAGCAAUCAUAGUGCUUUUUACGCGGCUCACAGUCUUGAUGAUACUUCGAUGAUGUCCGACGAUCUGUUGGUGCUCUCCUCGACGUUCAGGAAUAAUGGCAACAUGGCAGCGCUCCCGUAUUCAUCUUCUAGCAGCGGCAUAAUGGGCAAGAGGUCCUCAACAAUUAUGUAUGAGUUACCCUUGCAAUCCAUGACGAGCUCGAUGUCGUCGUCUUCCACCCACAGCACGAGUCUAGCAAAUCAAAGAUAUCAUCUAAAACGAGCGGAUUCUGGAUUUUCUCCACACGAAACACGAAUACCACGCGGCAUCAAUGUGAUGGACGAUAGGAUGAUCGGGAACUCACAUAUGUUGAAUAUGUUGAACAAUAUGAACAAGAUCACGAACAAAGGAGGAGCACAGCUCGCUCUUCCUGCAAAGCAGCAUGACUCUUUAUCAGAUUUCAAGCGUCAGAAGGUUCUUGGACUGCGAUCUUUGGCGGAUUGCCGCCUUUCUGGUGUAUGGCAUUACGUUUUCAUAUCUAUCAACCUUUUUUCAUGGUAAUUAAAGUUUUAGCAUAGUCCGAAGAGGAAGAUGAUUCUCCCAACAUCAAAAAAUCGCAUAGUUGCUGAAGUUAGGAAUAGAAGAAGAUUUGGAACAUCACUCAUACGCUAGGGAUGAGCCAUGAACUUACGGUAUUGCAACUGGUAAUAUCGGCUUUUGAUUUCGUCAAUGAAAUUAAUCGCCUCGCUCUUUAGCUUUGCCUUGUUCCCCUGUGGUUCUACAAUAAAUCUCUGUUCAUUUUUGCAGCAGCUUGAAAAAGCUUAUGGGACGUUGGAAAAUUUCGUGGAGGAAAGAUGGACUUGCCUCUCCGGUUUAGAAAGACAGAUCUGGACGACUUUUCAAGAUCCAAAGCUUUUGCUAUUGCUUUGCCAGCAUGUCCAGCGACUUUUCUGUGGUCGCAGCCGCAUUGGUAGCAUGUCCAGUGUGACACCUGCAGUGGCAGAUCAUGGGGAAGCUGCUGCCUGUAGUGGGGACAGCACAAGUGAAUCAGUGUGUCGAGGAGGUGCGACACGUUGUGGUAUUGUUGCGUGCCAGGAUCCAGACCAGACCAUAGAAAAGGAAACAAGAGUGCUACGCUUCAUUCGUUGGCUAAAACGCCCACCGGCACCACCACGAGAGAAAAAGAUUCUCUUGACGCGCCGUCGCGACGACAACGACGAUAAUGAAGAGUAUCAAUCAGAAAUAGCGGCUCUUGCCUGCACAACGGAUGAGGAUGUACGAAAAAAUUCAAAUAUGAUUAAACUAUAAAAAUAGAAUUCUAGUUCUGGUUCUACAGACACAAAUUUUUUUACCUGCUGGAUGGAUUUCUACAAAAUCUGAGUUAUGUGAAUGUGCUUCCCCUGCCUUCCACAACAGUAUCCAACAAAAUAGCAGAAAACUUUCAUCUUCUUUCCCUCUCUGGUGCUUCCUUUCAAAAAGCAACCCCCCUACUUUCCCGUAUUCAUUUUUCGCUUUACGCCUGAGGAAAUUGAUGCACGAAGACGCGACGGAGCUUGUGCCCAUGGUCGAAGGCUUCACGUUCGAAGUGGACUUCCUUGCUGACAAUAUUUUUUAUGAUGAACGGAGAUGUCAUGUUGCACACGAUUGUAGAUUAUGUCGGAGGCACUUAUCCAGAUUAAGUAGGCACUCCGGUGAUGGUUUUUUUGUUAAUCUUCGUUGAUCUGUUGUACCUGUGGAACAUAUUUUUUUCGCAUGUUUCACCGUAAAGCCAAGCAGUUUAUUUCAUCUCUCUGUCACUUCUUCAUACCUUCGAUUUGCUUCUCUCCAUUGUACCGGAUUUGUUGCAAAACGAACACGCGCGACCGAAACUUCAGCGAAAUCAUUGGCAUUGCCUCCUUUCUUCACAACGAAACAUCGACAGUUGGCAGGUGCUAGAUCGGCAAAUGGUACUGCUCGUCGAACAGGUGUUACGACAUGGCUGCCUUAUCUUGCAUCAGCGUCGCUUCAAGCGGAGAAAGCGGAAGCGUGGCACCAAGAAGAAGGGCGCAGGCACGUCGACGAGCGUAACAAACACUGCAACGCCGACCGGAACUUGCUCUAAUGGAGAUCCGACGCCUGAGAGCUGCGCUGCAAGAAUAUUAGGACACCCUGGCAGCUCAGCAACCUCCUCAUACUCUACUAGAAACGAGAGUCAUCUUCACGCGGCCACUGUGGGUGCGAGCUCUGGCUCUGCCGAAAAAGUUGUUGACGCAUCUAAAAUGAAGCCUAAAAAAGCAUCAUGCUUUAGUAUCGUCGACGUUAUGGGUGAUCCGCAGCCACACACUGGAUCUAUAUCGGCUGGUCCUUUCCUCGUAUUUGCGGACUCCACGACCUCUAAGCAGGCGACCUCGGAGAUUGUUACGUUCGAGAACAAGAACAGCGGUGUUGCUGGUGACAAACAAAGCUGCGCAACUACGUUAUUGAGCAGCAGGACACCGCCAUGUCGACCAUCUCCACCUGACGCGCCGUCGAAACCAUCCUCCUCCUCAAUAUACAGCAGUUUCUCGCCGCCAACAAAGGAGAACGAGUACCACUACACUGAGAAAGACCAAAGCGUGCUAAGGGUACCGGUCGACGGACCACCUCGUGGGCAUCAGGACCGUUUUACGAGCAAUCAGUCCUUUUCGACUACUAGUAACAAGACUGCAGUUCCAGGUUUCAAUGUUGAGCAAACAAUAGCAAGGCAAAACUCCCCCAAACAGAUCGGAGCGACCAAGCGUCUACCCAGAGAAAGUGGGGGCAAACCCACCUUAUCAUCGAACAAGAAGAAGACACUCGUGGAACACGAGAGAACCGGCGAAGGUGCUGCCCAGGGGGAAGAAGUGCUGACGACCUUGAACACGGUUUUGUGGUCGAAGGAUGGGGACGAGAUUGUCGACGCAGUGAAAUCGGUCGAUGGCGGUAGUCGACUUGUUAGUACAGCGGCCAAAAGAUCAGGUGGUGACGAGAAAAGCGGAACAUCAGGACUCAAUACGAAUUAUCAAGAAGAUGUAGGUCAAGAGGUUCGAAUUGAAAAACAAGGUCAUCAAGAACAGAAACCGACAGGCACAACUCAAAUCGAUGAAGAACAUGAUCAGACCAACAACGUCGUAACUUGCAGAAAAGCGACUAUCGAUGUGCCUCGUAGUUCUCCGCUCCUGAGUUCGCGUUGGGCAAGCCCGGAAGAUGAGGGGAUUAACGGACGUGCAGCGCUGACCUCGCCUCUAUCCGCGAAUCUGGAGUCUCCGCCUCUGGAUCUCACGGCAAAACCGCCGUUACUCCACGAUGCUACAAACGAGAAAUCUACUUGUAAAAAAGCUGAGCAGGAGGAACAUUGUGCCAGCAAAGGCAAAGCUACUAUGAUAUCGAAGGAUUCCGCAACUACAGCUAGGAAGGAGCAGCGGUGUAACUCUCCUGCACAGGGCCCAACUCCCAGGAAGUACGGGCUGAUGGAUAGAACGACGGCUGAUCAUCACUGCGCAUCUCCAGAGGACUGCGCGUGUGCUUCGUCCCAGCAAUUCCACAAGACAGGCACAUUUUCAAUUGUGGAUACCAGUUCCAAGGACUCAAAGGUUGACAGCAUGGCACCAAGUGGAGUGAAGCAGAUGACUCGCAAGGACAGUAAUGCAAGAAGUGAUGAUAGAAAAAGCAUUUCCGGAACAAGAAGUGCAAAUUAUGGGCAGCCUUCUACUUGGGCUCAUAGGCAAAGCCAACAAGCUGUGCUCGAUACGGUGUCAUCAACUUCUGCAAUCUACAGCAACUUUUCACCCACGAAGCCGGAGAAUGUUCUCGUUCCUGCCCCUUCUCCACUACUCACGAACCAGAAAAUGAAAAGUAAAAGAGGAGAUCGACAAGGCGAAGACCAGACUGGAUACCUGUCCUCGAGUAGCUCUCUCUCCCCUGACGCGGAAACGGGACCCCGCGGCAUCAAGCGAGGAGCCGCCAAGUCGAAAGGCGGUAGCAAGACAAAAACAGCGGCAGCGCUGCAGCGUGGUGCCUCGGGAAAAGCCUGUGCUCUUGGUCGCGAAGUCGGGAGUCUCGCGUUUCACACGCAAACGGCUGCUGUAGCAUACAACAACGCGUGUGCACGCACCGCGGCAGCAACUGACAGUGAAGGGCUUGCGGUUACAGGAAAGCAGACUACUGGAACAGCAGUCGCAAGCAGUCCUGGCGUCGCAAGUCGAGGGUCCACGGGGAAAGCCAAAGCUGAGCCAGGAAUUUCCGCAAAGGCUCCGGGAAACUAUGGCCUCGUCCCACCAGUGUCGCCUCCACGAAAGAAAGGGGCCGAAAAUGCGGCAUCCUCCAGGACUACCAGUAAGCGAGCUUCGGGUUCCCCGCCAGUUGCUCCAGGGUCGGGUCUGAGCAAGGUGUCGUGUCCUGCUCCACCCCCGCCACCGGCGCCACCUGCGAACAUCCUCCGCACGCCUUUGCCAACUGCCGCACCACCACCGCCGCCGCCCGCUCCUGUGACCGUCGGUCGCAGCGGGAGCAAUCUAAACCUCUCCAUUCCGCCGCCCCGGAACCCGCAUCUUGCACCGUCGAGAAGCAGCAAGAAUUUCUUGCCGAACUUCUCGCCAACAUUGUGUCCAAACGGGGUCCCAUCUGUGCCCAGCCCCUACCUGAUGCCAGGAGGUCCGUAUUAUAACAACUACUUGUACCAGCAUCAGCAAAACGAACAACAACUCACUGCAGUGGCCGCGGCUAUGAAAGGCUUUCGCUGCCUCGGCUCGCCGCUUCUGGGACCGACAACCUCCUCUCCAAAUGGGCCUCAUCCACCGGUGGUCGUUGAUCCGCCCUCAAAAACCAGUCCACCACCCUACUACAACGACUCGUCUGACGCCGCCCGCACUCAUCAGCGGCAUAAUGAAGGUGGGCCACAAAGUGGAGGCAGUACAGUACACGACACCGGCGCUUCGCGGGACCUCUCGAAAGCGCGGUGUCAGAUGUACGAUCAUGAUGUGUCGAGAGUCCUCAAGAACCCCUCUGCACCUGGUGCGGAAGGCGCGCCUGCUCCUCCUCACUAUAAUCAUGUUGGUGAUAACAAAAAUAGUACUAGCGGUGUCGCAUUGGAGGAUAGUGGACGUGCGAGGGAAGUACACGGCGACGCUAGACGGGAAGAGGAGCUCAUCGUUCGUGAUGAGAUCGCACAUCUUUUGGAACUAGUGAAAUACGCGAAAUCUUCUCCCCAGCUGCGCUCGUUGCCCGAUCAACUUUUAAUGAACUUGACUUCUAGCGACCGCGGACAUUGCGAUGACGAGGCAGCGUUGAGCGAAUAUUCGGCCCAGCAUCAAGAUCAUGACACUAGAGAUCGCUUCAGCGGAAGCGGACCGCAGCAGCAGCCGCAGCCGCUCAAACAAGGUCGUCGCAGAGGGCGGAAUAGACGUAAGAGCAAACAAAGAGUAACGCCAGAGGAUGUUGAGCACCAGCGACGCGUGGCGGCGGAUGCUUACGUCGAAGAUUGGGAGCGGGGCUGCAGUCCGGUUCACCGGCAAGGAUCGUCACGGGAAGACGAGCGUAGGCGUCGACUGUCGUCAGAUCGACGAAAAGCAAAAGCUCUCCUUGAGCUCACUGCAAACAAGACCGGAAGUAGCAAGUCGUCAAUUGUCGUAGAUUGCCUUCGUGCAAUUCUCGAAGCGAAGCAGGAGAAGUCACAGUUCCAGGAAAAUUGCGAGGAUGAUUCUCUGGAAAACUUCCAAGCUAGAGAUGGAGACCUUCAUUCUGCGAGGGGUAACAACGUUUCGAGGCCUGACGAGGAUGCACGACCGCAUCGAGGCUUUGGUGGUGAGCAUAAUCUCGACCCGUGGGAUAGGCUGCAGCAGGGCGCACACCAGAAGGAAGCGGUCCGCGAUAUUAGAGACCGGGACAACUACAACAAUUUCUACUUUCUGCGAGGUGAAGGGCGAGAGGAGCACCGUCAGGGUCAGCAAGGCCCAAACUAUGACAACCGCGUUGAACAAGUACCCCAAAACUUUACUAGUAUUGGAUACAGCACCGGAGAUGGAAACUAUGAGCGAGCACUCGCAUAUUCGCGCGGUCCUUGUGGUGCUCAAGAUGCCGUUGUUAGAAGAAGUACUCGAUUGGGCGAGUAUUUGCCUCCCAGUGGUGUCACCGAUCUUUGUGAGACACAACGCUGGAUAAACGUAGUUGACCAUGAUGGCCAUGUGCCUCGGUUGGGGGCAAAGGCAGAUCCGCAGCAAAACGUCAGCUCUAGGCAGGAACGUAGAAGGCUACGAUGCAGGGGCAGCAAGUCGCAGGCACCCGAGCGAGAUGAACCGGGUGCCAGACAUGACAUCCACGACCAAGGAGCCAAUUUUGAGCAGGAAGAACAACAGUGCCGCGGACGCUUCCG